AUGCAACCAAAUCGAUCACCAAGCCUCACGGCCAUCCGUCCUGUGAGAAGUCGAGAGAACGCAUGCAGAGCCGCUGAGAUGGAUAACCUCCACGGAGAGGACGAAGCGCACACGCUCCCUCGCUUCUCGGACUUCUCAUUGCCGUCCACGCCACCGCCUGCAUCGCCCUUGGCCUUGCCUGACGAUCAGCAAUGCCCCCUCGCAGAGCUUCAGCAGCCGCAACCGCCGCCGUGGUGUAAUCCUCCUCUGAACUGUCAGAUGAUGAUGCUGCCGGAGAUGGUGGACUGGUCGUCCCUUUUCCAGACGCCCGGUCCUGCUGCGCCAUCGGAGCGGCAGGAGGAAGCCGUGCAGGCGGAUCAGAACGGGGAGAACGACGGCGAGGCGAGCAGCGGGGGUAGUGGCAAGGAGAAGGCUAUGGGCGGCGCUGGGAGGUCGGGGAAGAAGAAGAAGAAGAAGGUGAGCAAGCCGCGCUUCGCAUUCCAGACCAGGAGCGAGAACGAUAUCUUGGACGACGGCUACCGGUGGAGAAAGUACGGGCAGAAGGCCGUCAAGAACAGCUCCAACCCGAGGAGCUACUACCGUUGCACCCAUCCAACGUGCAACAUGAAGAAGCAGGUGCAACGCCUGGCCAAGGAUACCGACAUCGUGGUGACCACAUACGAGGGCACGCACAACCACCCAUGCGAUAAGCUCAUGGAGGCGCUCGGCCCCAUCCUGAAGCAGCUUCAGUUUCUCUCCCGGUUCUAAUCAUCCGCAAGCUUCUAGUACAUGCAUAAUAACCUGGUCAAGCCACACAAAUAUAAAUGUAAUUAAUACACUUGACAUGCACGUAUAUAUGUAUACUAGCCGCCAAAUUGACGUGGGGAAGUAAAGGAGAAGAAUGUGCCUACCUCCCCACUAAGGUACAACUCCCUAUGUAGCGUGUGUAAAUGUAAAUUCGUGUGUACUUGAGCCUUGUGACCAUGUUAUGUAAUUGCAAACACAAACAAUUACCCGCUAAUUGAAUUCAUUGUUAUUUUGAAUCU